GCUUCCUUGCCACUCCCCCUCCUCUCCUGAUCCCAAGUGCAGCCUCAUAGCAUUUCGUAGCUCAUGCAUGCAUGGGAGGCAGCUCUGAAGGUGGCUGAUGCGGCAGCAGGGCAAAGUGGCUUUAUUGCCGGGUUCGCGUAUUACGAGCUGUCGAGGCAAAGCGCGGCCAACGCAGAGCGCGUUCCAUGGUAUCCCAUUUUGUUGCUUGGUGCCUUCACUUGCAGUGUGGUGUGCUCCGGCAUCACGGCUUAUUUGCAUUUGCAGACAGAUGAGUGCGACUGUGAGGCGCUCGAGGAACGUCGUCAGCGCAGGUCUUAUCUUGCGGUAAAACUGGCCUAUUGGUGCAAUCGAAUGGCCUUUUACCUCUACUGCGUGUCAAUGCCAUUCAUGGGACCUGUCUACAAUCCUUCCCCUCCCCCACCUACACCUGGCAUCAAAGAGAUAGCUCUUGGAUAUCACAUGCUGAUCAUUGGGGCCGUGGCCGCAGUUCUUGACAUUAUCUUCGCUGUCCGAGACUGCUUGGAGCCCCGCCGAGAAGCUGAAGAGCUGAGUGAUGAAGUGGACGUGAAUCAAUAUCAAUCCAUGGACUCAAUGGGAAAUCGAGCGUUGCUGAUGGUGGGCUUCAUCCAACAUGCCAGUGCCAGAUUCGUCCAACUGCAACAGCCUCCGGAUGGACGUGAAUAUGAGCUCUACUUGAACAGCUUGUUUCCACUGGUCGUUUCUGUGGGCUGCGUGUGUUUGCAAUUGGUGGUCUACAUGACCUUCAUGAGCACGACCCAACUCCGCACAAGCCAAUUGUCCACAAAGGCUGCACGGUGCCUCUUUGUAUUGUUUCGUAUCAGUGAGUUCUUCUUCAAGCUCGGGGUGUUUUUGGUGCUGGCCGGAGCUAGCCUGACCGGCUGGGGCUGUUCCUGUCCCUGUGGUGGCAGUGCGGACUACGGCACCGCUGUCGGGCCAUGUGGAGCUUCCUCAGUGCCGGAAGGCGCCUGCUACGCACGGGUGGCAUAUGUGCCGCUGACUUGCUGUGUUGCAAGUAUCCUUCUGAUCGUUUUCUUCCAAUGCUGGAGCCGUUGUGCGACUCAUUGCGACGAGGAUGACGGCCGCACCGAUGAAGACUCGGAGCUUGGGGGCGUAUCUGUGGCCCUGGAUUCUCUGGCAACUGUUGGGACCUUGGCAGCUGGCUUCGUGAUGUAUAACAUCACCACUUUCAACACUGAUGUUAUUAGAGGCCCAUUUCCUGCAGACGAUCGACCAUUGUUUGGCCUGAAUCCUUGGGGCUUUUACUUCCUAUGGGCCAACUGGUUGGCCUUCAGCAUGGGAUUGGGCGUGGUGGUUUGCGUGCAGAUCAUCAACGCUCGUGCCAAUGCCUUGGAAACCACAGCAAGGAAGCGGUACCUGGCAGCGGUGGACUCCAUGUUGCUGCCGAUCGAGAUCAUGAGUCUGGUGAGUUUGAUCUCCUUCGUGUUGGCCUUCGGUCUCCUUGGCAUGGCCAAGAUGGCGCCACCUCGGGUCGAGGGCUUCAUCGCUAGCCUCCUGUUCUUAGUCCUUCUGGCGCGGCAGCUGCAGAAGAUUUGGACUCUGCGCAAGGCCGCAGAAGGAAGUGAGAGAACCUCCGUCUCCGUGUGCCAUGCGUUUCCUGCCUCGGUGCUGAAAGGGAAGUUGGACGCCAUCACUGGGCCCUCGAUGAUCUUUGGCGGGUUCGCGUACAAUGGUGUUAGCUUCCUCUUCCGCUCCGGGACUCUACUGGCGCCCACCUAUGUGGUAGGUAUGGCUACCAGCUUUUCCUCAGCUUUGUACCUCACCUUCACCAGCGCCAUCAUCGACUUUAACCUCGCGCGGUUGAGCCCGAAGGCAAAGGAAGCCUUCGCCGCGACGCUGGGGGAGACCUUGGUCUAUGCUCGCAGGAGCUACGCCCUGUGCCUGGCUGCCUUCAUGAUGGCAUUCACGGUCAUGGGUUACAUCAAACUCUGGGACUAUGGCUCGCCUCUCUCGGAACAAGCGGUCUUGAGCUGGAAGUAUGGUGUGCUGCAGCUGGUGGGUGGGCUUCUGGGCCUCUCAAGCUUGUGGAGGUUGAGAAACACCAUCCGGGAAGCCGCUCGGCUUGCUCGGAAUGGAUCCGAUGCACAGGAGCCAGCGGGCCCGGAGCUGUGCAAAGUGAGGCAGAUGCUGGCGAAUGCGAAAUCCGGGUCAUCAUCCACAGCUUUUCAAGUGGGAAACGUCUUCUAUGAGGUGCUCUUCUCUGGCGUCAACUUGCAAGACCCCGUCGCCAACUUCGCGUACUUUGGCUUCGCGGUCACUACCUUGGUGCUCGGAAGCAUAGCUCUGAUGAUUUCCUGUGAGCUGUUCUUUGCAAUUGAAGAGCUUUCUGACAGUCUGAAGUGCGCGCUUGCAGCACGCUUGACCACCCACUUCCGGCUGAUUCGCAUUUUAUACAUGGCCUCUCUGACGACCUGGUUGUGCUCUAUGUUCUUUUCUUCGCAAGUGAAAUAUCCUGAGCUCUGGUGGGCGUCGUUUUCAUGGAGCUGUGGUGGUUUUGUGGUCUUGGCAUCGGCGUGCGCAUGGAUCCGCUGUCAGCGCACUGCAAAGUUUAGCGAACUCUCAAGCGACAGCAGCCUCGAUUUACCCAGUGAAGGGAGUUGAAUUCAAGCCAGAGAUGAUACUGUAGAGUCCUCUCAAAAUUCGGCCAAAGCAUUGCCGCAGGCGCAAAGAUGCCGUGAAGAGAGGCAAAAAAUCGGCAUGCGCCUUAGAUGUCCUAGAUCGAUGAUCAUGAGGUUCAAGUGCCAGACGAAGUGGCUUGCAUGGUGCUGGGGGGAAGUUCCCGGCAACCACCAAGAAGUCAACAACAGGGCACAUACCCAUUGCUAAUGGCAUGCUGUGAAAUUCAAGGAGGAUAUCAAUCGACUCUGCUCCGAAGCUCCGAAUUUCACAAGGCA